AGAUCAAUUCUAAUUAAAAGAGUGCCAUUAUUUUCUACGGGAAUUAUUCAAAACAUAUGGAGAAUGUGUUUCACAGAAAAUCGUAAACAUGCAGGUUGAUGAUUAAAGUUUUGCGUCUUUAGAACCAGAAAAGUAUGAAUCGGGAGUGCUGUUGGUACAGUUUGCCUCGGAUAGACAAUACUGAGUAAUCGUGCAAAACAGGUCCAUUUUUUGUAGACGGGAAAACGAAUUGUUCUUACAUGGAUUGAGGCAAUGUGUUAAAGACUACAUCUUUAAAGUGUUCUCGCAAACUUCUGCAUUUUUAGCAGUGUGUGUGAUCUUUGGAUUAAAUUGAUGAUAUCGGGACAAAUACUUUAAUAUUGUUCCUGAGCGAGCGCCCCAACUGUGUUUGCUAUCAUAAUUAUACUGACGACACUACUUGUAUAUGUAGUUCCAGUAACUGUUUCCUUGUAAACUUACUGUUUCAUUUCUACGUUACUUUGCCUGCGAAGUGAGAGGGACCAAUAAUGGACGUGACUUACACCUUCUCGGGGAAGCCUUCAGGCCCGUCGUGGGGUAACGGGGCUCGGGCCUUUCUGACCCAGUUCUCGGACGUGUUCAGUGCCUUCGGAAAGUACAUAGCGCCCUCAUAUAAGCACGACAGAUGUGAGAGGUCUGUUCAGAUGAGACUGUAUUCCCUCAACAAGAGGCAGUUUGUGAUGGUCUUUGUGACUUUCCUCAUGUGCUUUGGAAUAACAGUGCUCAUUGGGAUAGCUGGCCCACCUAUCAUUGAAACAGUGUCGUACAACCUGUCAGCCAUGACACAAGGAGACCCCAACAUCAAUAUGAAGACAGGGCCAUUUGCCCUGAAGUCGCCUCCCCUGACCACCUUCCAUCAGCAGUUCUGGUUGGUUGCUCACAUAAUUACAGAUAACACUGAGGGUACACGUAUAGAGCAGUCGUUCACAGUGAGUGUGUUCAUCGGGGGCAUCAAGGCAGAGGACAGCAGUCUGCUACAGGGGGACAACCCUGUGCUGGAUGGUCUAACCCACAACAGGACUCGCCUCCUUUCUUGUACACAGGAGUGCCGGGAUCUGAUUCUGCUGCAUCUUGGGUACCUUGACUACACUUCAUACGUCAUCAACGUCAACUUCCAUGGACUGGAGCAGCAGGCUCACUUCAACAUUAAAAACAUCAUCUUCUAUUUUAAAAGUUACAACACAGCAUUUACCAAACUGGAGAUAUGGCUGAGGUUUUCAUUCUUAGCCGUAACAUUUAUAGCAACUUGCAUGUUUUCCCAUUCGCUACGCAAAUUCUCUAUGCGAGAUUGGUCGAUAGAGCAGAAAUGGAUGUCUGUGUUGAUGCCACUUCUGCUGCUAUACAAUGACCCGUUGUUCCCGUUGACAUUCCUAGUAAACAGCUGGAUCCCGGGGAUGUUUGACGCCAUCUUUCAGUCCUCGUUUCUCUGUGGGUUACUCCUCUUCUGGCUCUGUAUCUAUCAUGGUGUUCGGCAGACUGACCGUCGAUUCUGGAAGUUCUACUCACUUAAAGUUCUGAUCGUUGGCCUAAUCUGGAUCUCCGCGGUAACGCUCUCCUCUUGGCAGGAAUAUAAUGAGCUACAGGACCCUACAUACUUCUACAGGCUUGACACCAGCAACUUCAUGGGAUUCAAGAUCUUCUUCUUUAUUGUUGGUGGUAUAUACCUACUGUAUCUUCUCUACCUACUUGUGCGGGCGUAUGCUGAACUCAGAUCCAUGCCAUAUUUUGAUCUGCGAUUAAAGUUCAUGACACUGCUCAUGUUGAUAGUAUUGUCAAUCAGCAUAACAAUCACAGUAUUACGGUUCGGACGGGCCGCACUCCAGGACAACUUUGUGGCCGAACUCUCCACCCACUAUCAGAACUCCGCAGAGUUUGUUGCGUUCUACGGUCUGUUGAACACCUACAUGUUCACAAUGGCCUUUGUGUAUUCGCCGCCUCCCAGUAACAAUGUUUUUGAGACCCAUUUUAAAGACAACCCUGGAUUGUCCAUGCUGAAUGAUUCUGAUGAGGAAGUCCACUAUGGUUCAGACACAGAGAGUGUGGGUCUAACAAGAAUACGGCCAACAGGAAAAUACGACAGUGACUAGUGGACAUCGGUCAUCAACCCAAGUGAAUGGUCAAACUGUGAUAACUGACCACAUAUGCCAGCAUCCAGUAGUGGGAGAGGGUCGGUUCUAGUCGGCUGAUCUAGCCAGUGAUUAGCACUGUGAUAGUUUGUACAGUGAGGGGAAUAUGGAGUAGAUAUACCAGUAGAAACAGUGUCUUUUCUGAUUGGGAAAAAAUGCAUUGGUUUUGACUAAAUUUGGGAAUUUCCACAAAGUCGAAACCCGGUUGGCUCGAACUCACUUGGCUCAACUCGCAUGGCCUGAAUUUUUUGUUGGUUCAAACUAGAUUUAAAGGACCAAUUUCUAUAUACUAUAGGUAAACAAUCCUGCUUGGCACUAAUUUCCGAGGCUCGAUGUAUUUUCGCUGCUCACAAGGAGUUUGAGUCAACAGGUUUUGACUAUAUUUCAUAGAAUUUGAAAAAGACAGAAAAACUAAUAGACUUUUAUUUGGUUUGGUCCUAGUAAUGAAAACAGGAAUUCUAUCUCGCAAAACAACUCACGGGAGUCAAAUUUCUUGCCAAAAUUAUUUUUCAAUUCAAUUUUUUUUUUCAAGAUAAAAUGAGCAUUCUUAUUUUGUUUAGGGGAUAAAAUUGACCAGAAACAAAUCACUGAAAAAAUUCUGACUUAGUUGCAGGUGAAAUUAGAGAGUGGUUGUGAAAAUAUAGCUGCAGUUAUUGAAGUAAGACCCUUGGAUGCACAAGCCUGAAUUUUCUGCCGACACCUUGGCUUUACAAAAUGUAACAAACCUGGAUAUUUGUAUUCCAAAUUUUUAACAAGCCCAAAAUUAUUGAAUCAUUGUCAGGCUCCAUGGGCUUAGUUCAACAAUUGUGGCUCUUCUAAGUUAUCUGGACAGUACUCAAAAGUGACCUGGCCCCAAUAUCAUGAAAAUACUUAAUUCAAAGCUCAGAAAAUACUUAAUUCAAAGCUCAGAAAAUACUUAAUUCAAAGCUCAGAAAAUACUUAAUUCAAAGCUCAGAAAAUACUUAAUUCAAAGCUCAAUCACAGUCUCAACUCAUUUUACUACAUAGCAUCAGAAGCUUUUGAAAGAUCAUACAUUUUACAUAUCUUAAAAAGCGCAUUUUCUCAUGGAAUAUGUUGAUAAAAAAAAUGUUUUUUGACAAUUACUUUAAAGUAUUUUUUUGCUUUAGAAUGAAUUUUAUUUGAAAUAUUGACAAGAGGUUUUUAUUAUCACAUUUUAUGUGAAAAAAUGUUGUUGUUUUUUUAAUAAAAAGUGUUAAAACAUACAAAAUUUUAAAUCAUACGAUGCUUUAAUAUGGUAAAAUGAGAUUAAGAUUUGACUUGUGUAUUUUUUUGAUAUUGGGGCCAAGUGUUGAAUACGGUAGAGUUCAUCAUUCAUCAAUUCUACCGGUAGUUUGCCUGAUGUAGAAACUAAUUGAAUGAGUCUUUCUAGUUGAUUGAUGCUUGGCAGAGGAGGGGUGUACAUCAGGUGAAAAAGACACAUUUUUGCUAUGCUUCUGCUAGUAACGGGUUUUUGUUCUGAAGACAUCAUCAUAUUGAAGUGUUUAGUUCCAUGUGAUUUCAUACUUACAAUCAAUAUUUUAAAGCCAAAAUUUGAUGAUUUUAUUUUAUGUUGUGUAUGUUUAAAAUGUUGUUAAAAAAGAAUUUUACACUGCAUUUUUACUUUCUGAAUGAAAUGUUAAUAAUUUCUUUGUUACUUUAACGAUUGGGUCAUCUAAUUGAAGGAGUAUAUCGUACAAAUUUUCUGAUCUUUUACUCUUAAAUGUAAUAUGAUAUCGAUUUUUCUGUUUUCAUACUUAAAUGUAAUGAGAUGUCAAUUUUUCUGACUUUAUUUACAAAUGUUAUGAUAUAUUGAUUUUUCUUAUCUUUUAUUCUUAAAUGUUAUGACAUAUUAUUUGAAACAAACAGUUUGGCUGGAUUUUUUUUUGCAAGUUUUAUUUGACUUUAAAAGUUAAAAUUUUAAUUUGUUUUCUCACACUUGGUACUGACAUACAGUCAAACUCCAUUGGCUCGAACACGCUUGGCUCGAAGUGAACGUUGGCUCGAGCACGCUUGGCUCGAAGUGAACGUUGGCUCGAACACGCUUGGCUCGAAGUGAACGUUGGCUCGAACACGCUUGGCUCGAAGUGAACGUUGGCUCGAACACGCUUGGCUCGAAGUGAACGUUGGCUCAAACACGCUUGGCUCGAAGUGAACGUAGGCUCAAACACGCUUGGCUCGAAGUGAACGUUGGCUCGAACACGCUUGGCUCGAAGUGAAUGUUGGCUUGAACACGCUUGGCUCGCUCGAAUUUUCUGAGGCUCGAUGUAUAUUCACCGGUCCCUGGGAGUUCGAGCCAACGGGGUUUGACUGUAUUAAACUUUAUUGACAUGAUGCAGAGUCUAAUCAUUCAACCCGGUCAGUCAAGUCAUGAAAUGCACAUGGACUAAGAUUCAAAAAUAUUAUAUUCUAUUGUGAGACAAAGUAGGUCAUUAUCGAGACUGUUAAGAAUCGGUUCAAACAUUUUAUUAAGACUAAUUGGCAUCUAAUUGUGUUUUACAGGUGCUUCUUACUAUCUCUUUGUUAUUGUACGCUCCUUGAUAAGAUGGCCAUGUUGAACAUUGUCAUCUCUUGUUGUUCUCUGUUUAAUUUAACUUAUGUAAGCAGAUGUGUGGUAUUAUUCUUCUGUAUUAGUGCCCAAAUUAUUCUUGAGUUUCGAGACUUAGUUUAUCAAUCACAACACUUCAAAUCUUUAUAUCAUUUUAAAAUCUCUAUUUGAAGAGCAGUAAUGGUCAAAAUUCAGAGGUUGAAAUUAGCACAUGCCCGCAAGCCCUGUACUGUUAAAAUGAUUUCCGUGCUUGCUCAAAUUCUGGGUUUUAUACAGCAGGGCUGUUUCAGAAAUGUUAUGUUAAGCAGUAGUAAAUGAAUUUGGGUUUGUUCAUCCAAAAUACUAAUUUCGAUGACUGAAAAUUGCUGCAUAUUUUUAGAAUAACAUUUUAAAUUAUUUACGCAUCUUUCGUCAAAAAUAAUUAUAUUAAAGGUAACUUUGUAACAUUAUAAACUCACUUAUCUCAGUUUAUAACUCACACUCCAGACAUUAGUGACUUAUUAUGGGUCCAGUAUUUAUUGUCUUCAGAAUCCAUGUUUAAAUUUUUUAAAAUGGGGAUAUCCUUUUAAAAAGUUUUUUUGUUUUAAAAAAUCAUUUUCAUUUAUAUUACCAGUAUAUAUCUGUGAUGCUUAUAGAAAUCCAUAUUUAUGUUUAAUGUUACGUUUAUUUUAUAGUAUGUAAUGUGCAAUAGAGAUCCAUUCCACCGUGCAUUCUUUAUACAUGUAUAUAAUGCUUUAAGUAAAUAUUAUUUAUACAUUGCUUUUAAUAGCCAAAGCUGUUAGUCAUUAUUAGGCAUUUAAAAGUUUAAAACAUAUAUGACAUACAUUUUAAGCUCACCUAAAAAAAAUUGUCAUAAUCUUUGUUGUCAAUAUUGUUUAGCAAAAACUUUCAACUUGGCCACUAAUAAAUAAUUUAAUGAGAUAUUCAAAGGAAUUUGGUAAACAUGUUGUAAGGGACAUUAUGCAUGUGUAUGACAAGGCCCAUAACUGUAUUAUGAAAACUCUGGCUUUAGUAAUACCCUGUAGUUAAAUUAUUUCUAUUUGUUAUAAAGAAAAACCCAACAGCUAAGCGUUCGUGUUAGAUCCAUAACACUCUUAUUUUGACUUACAUACACGUCUUUAUUGCUGUUGUACGGAACUUUAAUUUAUUUGUUUUUGACUUUUUCCAUUGAUUACAUGGUGUUGUAUUUUGACGAUAUAUUCAACAUUGUUAAUGAUGGUGCUAAUAGUUGUUAUAUGACUUCUUCAACAUACAAUAAGUGUUAGUUAGUGGGAUUUGUCGGUCUUCUAAAUGAAUAAUUCGGCAGCCCAGCACUGACUUAUUGUUUAGAAGACUAAAAAUAAAUGCUAACUUUUUUAGUGUAAAGUGCAAAAUGCCACUCGAAUGCCUUUAUGUUAGCCAGUGGGCAUGCAGGAUCUUCAGAAUAACUCUCUAAACGAAAACAAGUAAUAACUACCGGGUAAACAGAAAUUUGGCAUUUUUUUCCAUUUCUUCAGGGAAAUUUGGCGGUUUGGUUAUCUGCUUUAUCUGACUUUUUUUGUUUGGAGCUUUUCAAAAUGAUUAAAUGUGAAUCUGUCCGGCAAUCUCAUUUGGCAGAAGCAUGAGCCUGAACACUAAGUUUGAUUACCCAGCAUUUUUACUCGGUAUAACUUGAUAAAGAUGUCCGACUACACCACACAAUUCUUAUUUCACUAAUGUUUAUUUUACAUACUUAAUGAGCUACCUAUAAUGUUUUGGCCAUAAUAGCAUUUAUUAUGCUGCAUUUGUGUUUCAUAUUUAGAGGAGUGAACUUGGAAAAGGUUCUAUCCACCUUUUUAUAUAGUAUUACCAAGAACCUUUCCCUUCAAUCCUCUUUUUUAGUGCAGAUUUACCUGUUAUAUCUAAUUUAAUAAAAAUUGUAUGUUUGCCAGUCAUAUUUACAUGUUCAUUGUAUUUCAUUAACACAUUGAGUAGCAGAACCUGUAUGCCAUUUAC